AUGUCAUUGGCAGGAGACCCCGUCAUGGAACGUGGAAUAGCCAUCCCUCGAAUCGUCAGAGACAAUGGAUUCUGCCUCACCUGUCGUCGCGCGGGGAAGCAAUGUGACUCGACGCUACCCAUAUGCCGUACUUGUCAAGAGGACGGGCUCGAGUGUAUUCAGCCAAUCAGUGCAUACCCUCGAGUACAGAGCAAUCCUGCAAAACGUCAAAGGGAUAGCUCUGAAUCGCCAGAAGAGAGGCCCCGGGCUAGGCUCCGACCUGCGUCUUUGUCUCCGGCUACAGUAGAGCCUCCUGCCGAGCCCGAGUCCGAGUCCGAGGCUGAGACUGAAAUCUUGACAACGUCGGCACCUGAACCUCAAUCUGAAUCUGAGACUGAAAUCUUGACCCCGUCUACACCUCGACCUCAGUCCGAGGCUGAGACUGAAAUCUUGAUCCCGUCGGCACCUAAACCUCAAUAUGAGUCUGUUCGCCAGACUCGGCCUCAACCUCAACCUCAACCUCAACCUCAACCUCAGCCACAACACCAGGAGAAUGAAGAUGAUGAGAAUUCUACAUCUGGGCCUGGGUGGAGCGUGUUUAUGAAUGCUAUAACACGAGAGAUUGAUCAAGCUCAGCAGAGCUUGCUACGACAGACGCAAGGCCAUGUGCGAUUCUCCAUGGUUCUCGACCCACACAACGGUGACCCAGACCAUGACUAUGCUGUCUAUUACGAUUACCUUUACGACCUCGACUCUGACUCUGACUCUGACUCUGAUUCCGACUCUGGAGAUGAAGAUGAUGAUGUCGGUAGGCCAGAUGAGGACGGAAGCCAAAACUCUGCCCCCUCUACCUCAGAAACGGCGGCUCAUACCCCUCCUACCGUUAUUGUGUAUCAGAUCAGGGAUACUUGGACAGGACCGGGAGCGCCUCCUCUCGUAGCUUAUCUUCACGACUUCAUUGACUAUAUGAGCGUGUGUCACUUGUCACGUGCGCCAUCCGACUCUCUGCCACUUUCAUUGCUGCCGGCAAGUGAGCAAACUACAGCCGAGACUCUCAGAUACUAUGUUCUGCGCCCAAUCAACCGCGGCACGAGGCCUUUGCCAGAUAUUAACCCUACCAACCCCAAGGUUGUUGACUUGGCAUAUUCCAACCCUCUGGCCCUGCAGCUCAUCAUCGCCGAGAGGGCCAAUCACCGCGAGGUAUCCUCUGCAAGGCUGCCGACGGGUCAGAUAGCUGAAGAGUUCUAUCGUGCUGCUAUUGGCGCCUUUGCUCCCAAGAUUCGAAGCUACCUCAAUGGACAUGAAGAGGACAUGUUGCCUCUGACUAUGGGGAGUCUGAUCCUGGCUCUCAUGGAGAAAGCUCGGUUGGACAGGCGUGGCCGAGCUCCCAAUUAUCCUGCAUUCGCCGGUCGCAUUCUGAUCAUGCUUACCACUCUUCCCCACGAGGAAGUUUGCGAUAAUCUUCCAGAUAUCUUGGUCGAGUAUUAUAUGCACACUGCCAUGUUUGCUUGCCUCGCAGCCGAUAUUACCACGGCAGAGACGAUCCCUUUCGUGAGCAGUGCGUUUCAAGAUGCCGUCGACAGACUGGCGGCCAGGAACUACAACGGUACGCUCUGCGGAACCUGGUUGCCGAUCAUGGUUUCCAUACAUAACAUCUUUACGCUGGGCAUGUCCAUGCGACCUUAUGUAAAUGGCCCGUUGAAUAUCCCAAGACCAGGCCCGUCGGUAGGCUAUCUGUCUGAUCACUUUGUCACCUUUGGCCGGAUUCAAGAGAAGCUAUUCAAUUUCGCACCUGCCCUGGAUGAGUUCAGCCCGGAUUUCGAGGCGGCCGUGGUGUGGAGAAAUGCGGCCAUGCUGUACCUUUGGAGCCUCUUGGAAUGGCCACACGCCCCGAAACCCACCGGACCUUACAGCGAAAUGAUUCACAACGCUUUUCACGACGCAAUCCGGCGGCUGGGGCAAAUAGACAGGGAGCACGAUGUGAACAAGACCAUUUGUUGGCCCCUGCUCGUCAUUGGUUGCUUCUCAAUGGAAAAGAAUUAUCAGGAUUACAUUGGAAGCCGCCUCCUCGACAUCUCAGCCCGCUUCAAGGUUGGCAACGCGCUCGAGACUUAUUUCAUACUGAAGCAUGUCUGGACGCUGCCGGCUGUGUGGCGUAGCCCCUGGCUACUGCGCGGAUCGAUUCGAGAGACGAAGAGCUGGGGAACUCAUGAGCCUAACCGUUUCUUAUAA